UAAACAAAUAAAAUAAACUUAUUCCUGAUUCCAAAAAUAAGCUGAUUCCAAAAACUUUCUGCAAAUGGCGGGAAAUCCAUUGGAGGACGAAAGAUUUCAGAACGAGACUGUUUAAGCGCUGCAUUUGCAGUACGAAGCGGAGUGUAUGGGCCUUGCCUCGAAAAGUCAGGAUGUCAGCGAGCUCUUUAAGGUUUAUAGACAGCAAAUCAGUCAAUUUAUUCCUAGACCGCAAAGAUUUAAUUGAUUUCAUUGAAAAGGGUCUGAAGAAUUUCUCUGGAAAGUUUCCUGGCGAUGAUGGAGGCGUUGUGCAACCCGUGCGGACAGCUGUUGACGUGAAAGAAUAUGGAGGUGUAUUGCUGUCAAUGCCUGCUUAUUCUUCCAAUGAUGGCAUUUUAUCAACCAAACUUGUAUCACUCUACAGUGAAAAUUCUGAGCUUGGCUUGCCAUCUCACCAAGGAGUGGUGGUGAGUUUUGAUCCAAAAACUGGAACACCUUCAGCUGUAUUGGAUGCAGAGUCAAUUACAAAUUUAAGGACAGCUGCUGCAACUGCAGUUGCAACAAAGCAUCUGGCUUCUCCUGAUGCAAAAGUUCUUGCUAUAAUCGGAUGUGGUCAUCAAGCACAAAGUCAUAUUGAGCUUCUAAAGUAUGUGAAAGAGUUUUCAGAGAUAAGAGUUUGGAGCAGAAACUUUGAUAAAGCGAAAUAUGAAAAAGUAAAUGCAAAGCCAUGUGAAAGUGUAGAAGUGGCUGUAAAAGAUGCUGAUGUCAUUGUCACUGUGACACUUUCAAAAGUUCCAGUUGUCUUUGGGAAAUGGACAAAGCAAAAUUGUCUCAUAAAUAUUAUUGGCGCCUGUCGACCAGAUUGGCGGGAAGUUGAUGAUGACAUCAUGCAAAACAGCCAGGUCAUAGUUGAUACAACAGAAGGGGCGCUUAAAGAGUCUGGCGAUGUCAUCCUUUCUAAAGCAGAAAUAUUGGGAGAGCUUGGGAAUGUUAUUUCAGGGUCCAUUCAAAUCGACUUCUCAAAACGCCGAGUCUUCAAGUCACUUGGUAUGGCAUUAGAAGAUGGCAUUGCUGCGAAAAUUGUUCUUGAAAAUAUGCACAAACACGCUGAUAAGUAAAACAGAAGAUAUAUUUCGUUGCCAAGGUGAUCUGCCUCGGGUUCAUAGUAAGAGACCUUCGCUUACCUUUGAUCUAGUUUCUAUUGAUCCUCUGAUUGUCUUUUUUGUAAGGAAAGUUUCUAAAAUUGAUAGUUAUACUUUAUGUAAUACUCUCAUCAUUGUAAUUUUUUAUCAACGUAGAUAUUCUUUAUUUGCCUGCUAUGUGUAUAUUAUUUCCGACGCAGAAUCUCGUAAUACACACCUGUUUA